AUGUCAUCUUCUACUAUUCCUACUAAUACAGAUCAUGAUGACGAAUAUAAUAUUUUGAGUGAACCUUUACAUGGAAUUUAUAUUCCAACUGCAUUAUUUUUCAUCGGUAUUAUCAUAUUAACAUGGUUUUCCAAGAAUUAUAAAAUAUUAUUAAGUUUACCUGUGUUUGUGAGUUAUUUAGCCUUCAAAUGGAUUAGGUCCUUUAACAGAAAACAAUCUUUAUUCAAAGAUAAAUGGACUCCAUUAGAAUUGGUAGAUCAAACUUUGAUCUCAAAGAACACUGCCAUCUAUCGUUUCAAUUUAAAGACUAAACUAGAAUCUUUGAACAUUCCAGCAGGCCAUCAUGUUGCAGCCAGAUGUAUCAUCGAUAAUAAGGAAGUAGUUAGAUACUACAAUCCAAUCAAUCCAAAAUAUGAUGAAGGCCAUUUAGACAUUAUUGUCAAAUCUUAUAAAGACGGUCAACUUUCUAAGCAUUUUGCAUCAUUGACACCUGGUGAAUUCAUUGAAUUUAAGGGUCCAUUUGGGACCUUAAACUACGAACCAAACUCGUCAAAGGAAAUUGGUAUUAUCGUUGGUGGUUCUGGUAUAACACCAGCUUUGCAAAUCUUGAAUGAAAUCAUCACUACUCCCGAAGAUUUGACUAAAGUAUCUCUUAUCUACUGUAAUGACACCGAAAAUGAUAUCUUAUUAAAGGAUGAAUUGGAUGAAAUUAAUGAGAAAUAUCCAUAUUUAUCUGUUCAUUAUGUUGUUAGAUACCCAAGAAACGCAGAAGUUUGGGUUGGUGAUGUUGGCUUAAUCACUAAAGAAAUUAUGGAGAAAUACUUACCAAAAUACUCAUCGGACAAUAGAUUGUUUAUUUGUGGUCCUGAUGGUAUGAAAGCUUCCGUGCUAAAAUAUGCUAAAGAAUUAGGUUGGAAAACGAGCGAAGAAACUACAGGUGAUGAUCAAGUUUUUGUUUUUUAA